CAGAGUGACGGCUGUACACCCAGUUAGCUGGAAUAUACUAUGGCUCUUAGCACACUGUAGAUAUGAUUCACGUGUGACAUAACUGAAUACAGAUAAAAAAAAAGUCGUGUGAAUAGGACUGAGAGAGGCUUCGUUUGAUUCUACUAUACAUUCGUUUGGUGACCAUGGAUUCCACUGAAGCAGACGACAGGCCACCGGCCGACCACGCCUCUGACCAACCAGAAAGCGACCCUAGUCCGACCGAUGAGCAUAAAACAGUGAACGGACACAGCAAGAGACACUCUCGUCAAAACAGUAUAGGCUGUAAUAACAGUGAUUUAGAGGCUAGUGAAAAGGAUAAGACUGUGACGGAGAAAUCACCCACAGGGGCAUACGAAAAACUAAAAGGACUGUUCAGAUCGAAAUCUUCCGCAGGGUCUAAGUCAAAUUCAGGUUCACAGAUCAAAAUCAGCAUGCACCCCGAAGGACCGGAAGAUAAGAAAAUGUCACAGAAAAGCUCCUCUCGAUCCACCAAGUUAACAUUAGACAGUCACGAAGCAGAUGGAGAAUCUGAUACAGACUUUGAAAUUCCAAACGACGGGAACUUAUACACCUACUCCGUGGACAAUAUGAUGCAGUUUUUCAAAUACAUGAACUUUGAUGACAAAAUUAUCAAAUCACUACAACGGCGAAAGGUGGACGGGCGUCGAUUCUCCAAAAUGACGGACGACGACUUGAAGAAAUACGGCAUAGACAAUCCUGUAGUUAUGUACUUCCGACAGAAGAGUGAGAAGAAACGAGAAAUGGCCAACAUGUUUAUGUUGUAAUGCCGUUACGAGGCCAUGAAUCAGAAUGACAUCAAAUCACGUGAAAGCCAACAUCAGCCAGUAGCAUUCUUUAACCCGUCAUGAUGUGGAGAAUGGUCACCCUUCUACAUGCAUGAAGGAAACAUAUACUCGCAUUUAUUAACUGUUCAUGUAGAUUUGAGUCAGGCGUUUUGGUUUAUUCAAUGGUGACUUCAUACGACAGUAAACAUCGAGAUCACCCAACAUCACCAUUCCAUUCUGCUCCUUUAAAGCUAUGUUAAUGUGGUAAACCACAAUUCUUACUCUAAUGACGUCGUAUGCACAAAAAUGGUUU